AUGUUUGUGCUAGAGAAUUACUCCUCCCUCUGCGAUGGAAUUGAUGUAGACGAAGAUAUUUACAAUGAAGAAUUCUUCGCCGGCGGCUAUUUAUGGUCGGUGCUCUUGUACCCCGCCGGAAGGACCGUUGCCGCCAACGAAGCCGGAUUUGCAUCUAUGUAUAUAUAUCUGAGUAGCGAGACCGAUGACCUUGUGCAAUGUUUAUUUUCGAUCUACUUACUUGACCAGACUGGUAAUGGCGAAAAUUACGGAACCUCGAUUUUCGAUCGAAAUCCUCCUCAAAUCUCACUCCUUAGAACCGGCCACGUGGCUGGAUGUCCCUACUUCAUUCCCCGAGCAACCCUUGAAUCUCCUGACUAUCUCAAAGACGAUUGCUUGAAAUUUUGUGUCACUAUCGGAGUUUUGACCAAAGAAAGUGCCGAUGUUUUCUUCAAUGUGAAUAACCAGAGCUUCUCCGCGCAUCACUGGGUAUUAGCAUCCCGUUGUCCCAAACUUCUAUCGGAGAUCGAUAUUAGUGAUAUGGACCCUAAUAUAUUCAAGGCCGUGCUGUGGUAUGUGUACUCAGGAGGAAUUCCUCAGGAAGAAGAAGAGAAUAGUGAUCUUGGUUCGUUCGUGCUCGAGUCGUUCAUGGGGAAGAUGCUCGCUGCAGCUGAUCGAUUUGAGUUGAAAGAACUUAAAAAGAUUUGUGAAUCGCACAUUUCGGAAAGAAUAUCUGCAGAAUCAAUUGCAUAUAUUUUACAUUUAGCUGAACUCUGUCAUGCCAAAGAAUUGAAAGCAGCAUGUCUCGGGUUCGGAGCUCAAAACAAUGCUGCUGCUGCUGAUAUCUUGGGUUCUGAUGGAUGUAAAUACGUCAAAAAACAUUGUCCGUCAUUGUUUCUAGAGUUGGCCUAUAAUGGAAGUUACUCUGGGAAUGUACAUGAGGAAUGUGACUUUUACAAGAAAGUUUGGUCUGCUGUGAACGAGACUUUUGCUGGUAUUUUAGGAGGGCCUCGGUGUGCAACUGACGAGCAUAAGAUAAAGGAGUUCUAA